AUGGGUGAAACCUCUGUCCCAUUUAUCCAAACCGAUGUGGCGUUAAAUCCGGGUAACUCAGGUGGUCCGCUAUUUAACCAACAAGGUCAGGUUGUCGGUGUAAACUCUCGUAUCUUUAGUGGUACGGGUGGUUAUAUGGGCCUGUCAUUCUCUAUUCCAAUUGAUGUGGCAAUGGACGUUGUUGAUCAGUUGAAAAAGAAUGGUAAGAUAUCGAUCGAAACUUAG